AUGGACGCAACUGUCCCGGCAUCCCCGCUACCGAAAGUCCCAUCGGCAGACGAUAUAAAUGACUCCAACAACAUUGAAAGAGUUCCAAUGCCAUUGUCACUUUCGCCCGUCAAGUCUUUUUCCACGAGCAUAAUCGACGACCACGAGAGUUACGACCUCUUCGGUGUUGAUCAGGCUAGUACAGUCGUAAAGAAACUCGCACUUAAUUCGGGUACAGCUUCAGUAGAAGAAGGAGGUCCUGGCGAGUUAUCUGUGCAAGCUGCGGAUUCGGUGUCUCCCGUUAUUAACGACCUUUUUCCGCCAUUGUCGUCUACAGAUGAGUUAGAGCCGGCAGUGAAGAAGUCAGAGCAUCUUUCCUCGUCUAGUACACUCGAUAGCAGAGAUAGGAUAAGCAGCACUUCUACUGAUGUUCUAAAUAGCGAUGGAUCGAUUUCAGCAGGGUACACUUCUAAUACAUUGCAGGUUGCUAUGACGAACGAGCAGACUGCUGCACCGUCGUAUAAGCUGUCGGGCAAUGCAGUGGACAUUGUUGCUGUUAAAAACACGGAUGGGAAGUAUCUUACGACGUCGUGGCAUGUAUCAUUUUCAUGGUCGCGCUUUCGAACAAAGUUUGCCGCUGGUGUGGGCGAUAUGGUCAGGAUUCUUGUGAAUGGUCGAGAAUUACCGACGAAGAUGGAGUUGCAGGAACGUGGUCGCUGUACGUUUGUCACGGGUGGAUUGGUCAUUCCACCUGAAGAUUUGUGUUUUGCUGAUCUGACUGAGAACCGUCCAAACCUUGUACGAUUUGAGCACUACCAGAAGUAUACGAACACAGUUCGCUAUGUGGAUACAAAGCUGCAUCUGUGGGGACCGAACGAAUCGGUCGUCGUUGUUGACUUAGAUGGUACACUAACAAUCAGUGACGUGGAGGGCCACAUUCGUACCCUGCGUCUUGGUCAGUACGACUUUCUGCAUGCAGGAGCCUGCGAUUUCUUCACCAAGUUGCAUGAGCUUGGGAUGCGUAUUGUAUACCUUACAGCACGUCCACUUGACUGGGCAUCAGCAUCGCGAACGCAUUUGGAGAAUGCAGAGCAACAGUCGAUUUCACUACCGCCCGGAGUUCUCAUUACCAAUUCUACUGGUCUCACUGGUGCAUUAUUCACAGAAGUUGUGAACAAGACACCGCAUCUAUUCAAGAUUCAAGUUUUGAAUGAGUUACAGCUGACACUUAUUCACGCCGGGCGUGUAACUGAACACCCUGUCUUCGUGGCAGGUUUCGGUAAUCGCCCUACUGAUAUUGUGGCUUACCAGGAAGUUGGUAUGGAUCCAAGUCUUAUCUUUAUGUUGGACCCGUAUUCUAAUGUGAAGGCCGUAUCUGACCCACGUCUGUACGAAUCCUACAGCGAUCCGAACGCGCUGCUGUGGCUGCUACCGAAGCUCAAGCAUCGGGUGCCUAUCGAAAAAGUCGGUCGAAUCGAUGACUAUACUGUUCGCGAACUCGUGUUGGCAGAAGAUCGUGAACAGCUACGCGUGGCUGAGAUGCAAGCGCGUCGAAUGCAGCAGGAGGAGUUUGACCGUGCCCGAGAAGAAGCUGAGAAAGCUCGGCAACCCUUCAAUAAUAGUUUUCGCGUCAGCAGCAGAAGUCUAUUGAGGUGA